GGAGAGAGUCUAGUCUUCGGUGAGACUGAGGGGGAGUUAAAGACAGAAAGGGACAGGGGUUGCUCUCCAGAGAACGGAAUCUUCAUGCAUGGUGAUCUCUGGCUCUGCAGGUGAUCCUCAGUCACCAUGAAUGACUAGGCUCAGCUCUCCAAGGGAAAUAAUGGCCUGUUUUGUAAUUUCCCUACCCUACCACCUGGCAUGUGACUCCAGCUGCCUUUGAAGGGCCUGUCAGCUGUUUAUGGGAACCAUCACUGUGUUUGAACUCUUGGGGAUUUAAGUUUUUUUUAAGACACAACUUUCUUUUUUCUAACCCCACUGUGUCUAAGUGGACAGCCAGCUGACCUCGAGAAACGGAAAACAGUGUUUGGGCAAAACUUUAUCCCACCCAAAAAACCCAAAACCUUCUUGCAGUUAGUGUGGGAAGCACUACAGGACGUCACACUCAUUAUCCUUGAAGUGGCAGCCGUAAUUUCACUAGGCCUUUCUUUUUAUAGACCACCAGAUGCCGAAAGAGAUCAUUGUGGAAAAGCUGCUGGUGGUGUGGAGGAUGAAAAUGAAUCGGAAGCUGGCUGGAUCGAGGGUGCCGCCAUUCUUCUGUCUGUUAUCUGUGUCGUGCUGGUGACGGCAUUCAAUGACUGGAGUAAAGAGAAGCAGUUUAGGGGUCUCCAGAGCCGCAUUGAGCAAGAACAGAGAUUUUCUGUUGUCCGUGGAGGACAAGUUAUUCAAAUUCCAGUAGCUGAGAUUGUGGUUGGCGACAUAGCACAAAUAAAAUACGGUGACCUCUUACCGGCUGAUGGAGUUCUUAUACAAGGGAAUGAUCUAAAAAUCGACGAGAGCUCACUCACAGGGGAGUCUGACCAUGUGAAGAAAAACCUAGAAAAAGAUCCAAUGCUGUUAUCAGGCACCCAUGUAAUGGAAGGCUCAGGGAAAAUGUUGGUCACUGCUGUGGGUGUCAACUCACAAACUGGAAUUAUCUUCACUUUACUCGGGGCUGGGGAAGAUGACGACGACGAUGAAGAGGAAAAGAAAAAGGAGAAAGAGGAGAAGAAAAAGCAGAAAAAAAACAAAAAGCAAGACGGAUCGGUGGAGAAUCGUAAAAAAGCUAAAGCACAGGAUGGUGCUGCAAUGGAAAUGCAGCCUUUGAACAGUGAUGAGGGAGCGGAGGCAGAGGAGAAAAAGAAAGCAAACCUGCCAAAGAAAGAAAAGUCUGUUCUCCAAGGCAAACUGACCAAACUAGCGGUACAAAUUGGCAAAGCAGGACUGGUUAUGUCAGCCAUCACUGUUAUCAUUCUGGUGGUGCGGUUUGUAAUAGACACCUUUUGGAUCCAGAAUUUGCCCUGGAUCCAAGACUGCACACCAGUUUACAUUCAGUUCUUUGUGAAAUUCUUCAUCAUUGGCGUCACUGUUCUUGUGGUCGCUGUUCCUGAAGGCUUACCACUUGCUGUAACAAUCUCCCUGGCGUACUCCGUUAAGAAAAUGAUGAACGAUAACAACCUCGUGCGUCACUUGGAUGCCUGUGAGACCAUGGGCAAUGCUACAGCUAUCUGCUCUGACAAGACAGGAACUCUCACCAUGAACCGCAUGACAGUGGUACAGGCCUUCAUUGCUGAAAAGUACUACAAGAAGGUCCCAGAACCAGAAAACAUUCCCUCCUCCUCUUUAGACAUCCUGAUUCUGGGCAUUGCUGUUAACUGCGCCUACACUACUAAGAUUAUGCCUCCAGAAAAAGAAGGGGGUCUGCCUAAUCAAGUGGGUAACAAAACCGAAUGUGCCUUGCUUGGCUUUUCUCUUGACUUGAAACGUGACUACCAGGCUAUUCGUAAUGAGAUCACUGAGGAAAAACUCUACAAAGUCUACACCUUCAACUCUGUCCGUAAAUCUAUGAGCACAGUGUUGAAGAUGGCUGAUGGCAGCUAUCGGAUGUUCAGCAAAGGAGCCUCAGAAAUUCUCUUAAAAAAGUGCUAUAAAGUCCUGACUGCAAAUGGUGAGCCAAAGGUGUUCCGCCCACGGGACAGAGAUGACAUGGUGAAGAAAGUGAUUGAACCCAUGGCCUCAGAGGGCCUGAGGACCAUCUGCCUUGCAUACAGAGAUUUUCCUGCCUCUGAUGGUGAACCUGACUGGGACAAUGAAAAUGAUAUCCUAACUGGAUUGACUUGCAUCUGUGUGGUGGGCAUUGAGGACCCUGUUAGACUAGAGGUCCCAGAUGCCAUCAGGAAGUGCCAGCAUGCUGGGAUCACAGUACGGAUGGUGACUGGGGAUAACAUUAACACAGCUCGCGCCAUCGCCACCAAGUGUGGCAUUCUACAGCCUGGAGAUGACUUCCUCUGCCUGGAGGGAAAAGAGUUCAAUCGAAGGAUUCGCAAUGAAAAGGGAGAGAUUGAACAAGAACGCAUUGACAAGAUUUGGCCCAAACUACGAGUACUGGCUAGGUCGUCCCCCACAGACAAACACACCUUAGUAAAAGGCAUUAUUGACAGCACAGUAGCUGAACAGAGACAAGUGGUUGCAGUGACAGGAGAUGGUACAAAUGAUGGUCCUGCCUUGAAGAAAGCUGACGUUGGCUUUGCAAUGGGUAUUGCUGGGACUGAUGUUGCCAAGGAAGCAUCUGACAUCAUUCUGACAGAUGACAACUUCUCCAGCAUUGUAAAAGCAGUAAUGUGGGGCCGAAAUGUUUACGACAGCAUCUCCAAGUUCUUGCAGUUUCAGCUAACGGUCAAUGUGGUGGCUGUCAUUGUAGCGUUUACAGGAGCCUGCAUCACACAGGACUCUCCACUGAAAGCGGUUCAGAUGUUAUGGGUCAACCUCAUUAUGGACACGUUUGCCUCAUUAGCUUUGGCCACAGAGCCCCCCACAGAAUCCCUACUUCUGAGGAAGCCGUAUGGCCGCAACAAGCCUCUUAUAUCCCGCACCAUGAUGAAGAAUAUUCUGGGUCAUGGCGUGUACCAGCUAAUCAUCAUCUUUACUCUGCUUUUUGCUGGGGAGAAGAUGUUUGACAUUGACAACGGCAGGGACGCACCCCUCAAUGCUCCACCUUCUGAACACUACACAAUAGUUUUUAAUACCUUUGUAAUGAUGCAGCUUUUUAACGAGAUCAACGCCCGCAAGAUCCACGGUGAAAGAAAUGUUUUUGAGGGCAUUUUCAACAACCCUAUCUUUUGCAGUAUAGUCUUUGGUACCUUUGUUAUUCAGAUAGUUAUAGUGCAGUUUGGAGGAAAACCUUUCAGCUGCGUGGCUCUGACCAUUGACCAGUGGUUAUGGUGCACUUUUCUAGGCUUUGGCUCCCUUUUAUGGGGACAGGUCAUUUCCUCCAUACCUACCAGUCGCUUAAAAUUCCUGAAAACGGCAGGCCAUGGCACCCAGAAGGAGGAGAUCCCAGACGAUGAAUUGGAGGAGCUGGAAGACAUGGACGAGAUCGAUCAUGCUGAGCGGGAGCUCCGCCGAGGCCAGAUUCUCUGGUUCCGAGGUCUUAAUCGCAUCCAAACUCAGAUGGAUGUAGUGAGUGCGUUCCAGAGUGGAACUUCCUUUCAGGGGGCUCUAAGGCGGCAAGCCUCCAACUCCAGCCAACAACAGCACGAUAUCCGGGUGGUGAAAGCAUUCCGCAGCUCCAUCUCCCUCUAUGAGGGGCUGGAGAAACCCGAGUCGAGAUCAUCCAUUCACAACUUCAUGACCCACCCCGAGUUUCGAAUAGAGGACUCUGAGCCCCAGAUUCCCCUCAUAGACGACACCGACGCUGAGGACGAUGCUCCCACCAAGCGCAACUCCGCCAGCCCACGCAACACCACACCCACUCCACCCUCGCCCACGCCGUCGCCAGCCACCACCGUUGCCCCCAACACACCGGUGUCCCUCUCCCCAAACCAGAACAAUAAUGCUGUGGAGAGCAGCAACCACCUUCUUCCAGAGGGCCCCAAAUCAGGAACACUUUCGGCUCCGGGGAGCCCGCUACACAGUCUGGAGACCUCCCUUUGAUCCAACACUGCUUUACACGUCAACACCUCCUUUCUACCCGCCACCAAGGAGUCUGGCUCAGACUGAAGGGACAAACAUGUGGAGAGACGAUACGAAGGGCUAGACGGAGAGCAGAGUCCUGUUAGAGCUUGGCUUGGGCUGAACUGAAAUAACAGCAAACAUUCAGAGGAAUGUACGGCUUGAUGUGGAUUCUUUGGUCUUUGUUUUUCUCAUUAAUAUCCUGCUGCAACACAAGGACUCUGUCUGCACCCCUCCCACCUUGGUAACAUUAGUUUGUUCUAGGUUCCAAGGGGUGAUCAUAAACUCGGAUUGAAAGUGACCUGUUUUUAGCACUAAUAUUAUUGCUAUUCUUUGAAUUGAGAAGGGGAAGUCCUCUUCUGUGCAUGA